AUGCAUAUCGUGAAUUUGUAUAGUGUGCUGGUUGUGUGCCUUUUUGGCAUCGUGUGCUCCUCCUGGUUUAAUGAGCCGUCGGCCAGCGCUUCGGCCGCUUCGCCUGCUGCGAACAGUAAGGGCAUAAAUUAUGAAGAUGACUACUACAACGUUGCGCAGAAGGAUUCAACGUCACCCGCCUCAGCAGCGGCAAGUAGAAAGAGGAGAUACAUCUUGGAUGUACGAUCCUUCGGAAAAACGUGCCUCUUGGAGUACGAAAACGUUUGUGAAACAGCAGACUAUUCUAUCCACGUGAAGAAUGGAAUAAGCGGCCAUGUUAUCAAGGCAAGCUUGAUUCAAAAAGAAUCAAGUGAUCUUGUGUCUGUACACAAUUUGACGGACACCUUUUCUAAGGAUGGAAGUGUCCAAUUUAUUUUUAAAAGCAUUCCAUCCCUACACUAUAGUGUCGUGUUGGAAAUGUCAGAUUUGAUAAACAAUGCAGACUACGACAUUGGGAACAACUGUCACUGUCACGGAUGUAGUGACAAUACGAGAGUAAUUGACUUGAGCGAAAUGGAAAAUAGGAUCACACACACAGUAAGAAGUGAUAAAAAAAAUAAAAUUACAUUUCCUCAAAAGACAUUCGUCCAUGGGAAUUUUUUAUUUAGCAAAUUUUUAUAUUUCCAUUCUGAGUUAAAUGUAAAGACAAUUGAACAUUACACACAGUUAUAUUCUUACUACAACGAAUUAGUGCAUCCUUGUUCAGGUACCAUUAUGACUCACUCGGUGAAUUAUAACAUCCAUUAUGACAUGUCUACUGUGCAUUGUUACCAUGUCCAUAUGGUGGAUAAGUUUGUGAAAAAGAUUCACUCCGCAGUUGGAGAUGAGAGGAUAAGCGGAAGAUCGGCGUUGAAUUUUAUGGGGAAAAAUAGCCAGCCCAUACUUAUCAAAUUGGAGGAUAGACUCUCACAUGACAAUUUGGUAACGAUUAGCGGAAAGAACUACAAAAUUCAACUUCCCUUGAGAUACGAAGAUAAUGGGUACUACUCCUCCAGGGGAAGCGUCGUCGGACGGCUGGUCACAAUUUACACGCGUCACGUCUUUUUCCAGAAGAAGUACAUCUAUAAGAAUAACGUGAACAACCGAAUGGAGUACGUGCACAUGUUUAGAAUUCUUUUUAAUUUAUUUAAGCAGUUGUACAACGUUUCGUCUGAAGAUAUGUUGCUCUACACCACGGGUUUGACGAUGAGAAAGGAGGGGAACACUUCUUCUUCUCCCACGCACGUGGAUCAGGAGUAUAACGUAUAUGCCGAGGAGUUGUCUGUGUUGCUCAAUUCGCUCGCGUUUGAGUUCAGCGCCGAGGCAGUAGGUCUCAAGAGAGAAGUGCUCGUGGAGGAGGAAUCCCAGUUUGUGUCAAAAUACGGAUCGAACCACUUCGCGCAAGUGAAGGAGAAUCAACUUGUACUUAGAUCCUCCACUGAAAUAUGUUUAGUCGUUUUGGAAUCUAUCGCCCGUGAAUUGAGUACGUUUAUAAACCUACGACUGAGGGAGGAGUACAGACACACGUGCAACACGAUGAGGCAGGGGCACAGUUACGCGAACGUGUCCCCCAUGUAUCAUACGUAUGAGUUAGAUUGCAACCUUUCCGUUUUGUACUUGGAGUAUAACCUGGCUGAAGACGUCAUGGUAAGGCGCCUCAUAACGAACAAGACUCUUUUUGAGGAGGUCAAGUUGGAGCUCUUUUACAACGACAUAUUCGGGUACACGGUGUACCUGCAUGUGCAGGUGGAUGGCAAGUUUGUGCGCAGUUUGAAGAAGCGCGUGCCGAAGUAUGUGAACGGGGGCAGCGUGGUGACCAUGGCGGUGAUAGGGCGAAGGAGCGACGGAGCAGACAGCGGCGAAGGGAGCGGCGCCUCCGACGUGAUGGUGACCCUCAAGGAGAUUUCCUUCCCCAUGCUGUGCGGGGAAAGCUGCACUAGUAAGCACCCCAUCGUGGUGGAGGACAACUUGGACUACAUAACUGUUGGAGACAUAUGCGUGCACAAUGAGGGAUUGCCCAAAGUAUGCUUCCCCGCGUACAGUUUUGGGUACGUAUUCGACACAAGGUUGCUGCGAGUGCACAUGAUCAACAUCAAUCCGUAUCCCGAAAUUUUGCUGACGCCUUGGGUGCAGCGCUCCAUCGUUGAGGGCUACUUUUGCAUUUUGACGCCCACCCCUGGACAGAUGGUUCCGAACGUGUCGGUGCCCUCGAUGUACGAGGACACGGUGUGCAAGGAGUACAUCAACAGGUGCAGCCUCAAAACGACGAAGUUUGUGCUGAGCGAGGCGGCGGCGAUGCCCGCGAGCGCGCUGGUGGCGGCGCUGAGGAGGAACCAGUUAGGCGUGCACCUGUCAACGCACUUUGAUGAGAAGCACGAGGAGAUGCUGCAGGUGGUGUACCAGUUUGGUGGGAGCGGCGGACGAAGUGGUGGAAGCGGACGAAGCGGUGGCGAGCAGAGCUUCAUCCUCACGCACUACAACGACAGCUUUUACAUAAACGGGCGGUCGAACGAAAUUCUGCGGAGCCGCGCGAAGGAGGCCUUCUCCAAGAUAGGCUCCUCGGUGGGGGGAGCUUCGCACGAUGGGAGCGGCGCGGCCGACGAGGAGGAGGACGACGAAGAUGCGUUCUACAAAGGGCUGUCUCAGAUCGUUGCCAAAACGCACAGCGUUCACGUGGUCGACAACAAAAGUGUGCUGCCAACCCACGUGCAGACGCCCAAACAGGACGACGCCACGCUGUACCAGCCGUUCGGAGAGAUCAGCAUCAACUACGAGAGGAUUAAGCCCAACGUGUACAUGAAGUUUUUGAACAAUUACGUGUACUUUUACGAGGGGGAGGAGAAGAGCAACGCGGCGGGAGAGAGGCACAACGCGGAGAUGUCGCCCCACUUCGUGAACGUGUCUCCGUACCAGUACGAGUGCCUGGGGGCGUACGCCUACUUGAUGAACAAGUUCAACAUCCUGGUGAAUGACUCGCUGAACUGUGACGCCAUACAGAUGAUAAUCGAAGUGCUGCUGAAGGCCAACUUGGGGAAAUACUUCAUGGCGCAUAAGGACAAGAAGAUCCACUUGAACUUUUUCAAAAGAAACGAAAGUUCGCAUGACGUGUUUGAUCUGGUCCACAUGGAGAUAUACGAAGCGCACGCGCCUUUGAAGCCGACCAAGACGUACAAACUGAAUGUGAGCAUAGAUGAAAAUAAUUUGAAUUUGUUGCACCUGCACAGGAAUGUGGAGUUCCCCAACAAGUACUUCUCCAACGUGUACAUUCUACUGUUCAAGGCGGCUUACUUAUCGAACGGGUAUGACUUUUACUCGUUCUUCUACGACUUGACUGGAAUUCGCCUCAUCGACAGUUUUGUGGUGGAGCAUUUGGACAGGAUGGACCCCGCGGAGAGAGAAGCGGUGAGGGGCAUCCAGUCUGUGUUGAAAGACCAGCUCGAGGUGUCGCUGGAGAGGCACACCACGCGGUACGACUUGCUGAUGAAUGAGGUGUCGCUGCUCGCGGCGUACCUCACGGAGUUGACGUCGUCCUACAGGAGGGUCGCGCAGAGCCAGCCGGGAGAGGCAAAGAAGUUAGCCGGCGAGUCUGCGUCCGAGUCCGUGGCGCCCCUGGCAGGAAUCAAAUACUUCAUCUACGUGGACGAGUUCAAGCACAGCAGCGAGAAGAAGCUCACGGCGAACGACAUGGCCUUCCACCUGGCCAAGCGCGGCGCCCUCAUGAUUAGGAAGAAGUCCCUCUGCUGCUCCAACUUCGUGGACGAAGUGGAAAACUCUCUGUACUACCACAUUCUGUACAGGUACGUGUGGGGUAGCUACAAGUUCGCGCAGGGCGUGGAAGACGCGGCGGAGAUGGGCCGCAGCAUUGUGCAGAGGCUUCUCGGAAGAGAGGUAAGCCGAAGUGAAGGCCGCACCGAAAGCUGGAGCGAAAGCGACGUGGCGUACGUGGCCAACUGGGUCAUGGGCGAGGCGGGAUACAUAUCGCGCAGGGACGCAGCGGCGCAGGCGGCCAUCCGCGUGGACUUGCUAGACUGCCUGAACAUGGACCUGCAGAAUCAUGACGAGAACGUGAUCACGGAGUUCGCCUCCCAGUUUGACAAGCACGGAGCGUUGGUGUCGAUCACGAUGGAGAAGGGGGCCACGAUGGCCGCUAACGGAGGCGACCAGCACUCCGUCUACUUCCUCUUCAGAAAUUUAGCCGUCCCCUUCGUGGGAGAGACGCACAAGACGGAGACGCUGGAGCUGCGCAGAGUGCUCCUCUUGAAAGGCGGCGCCCCCUACCCGGCGACGGACAAGUCGGUGACGUACAAGGUCUACAUCGACAACGUGAACAGCAACUCCAUUUUCAUGCUGGAGAAGGUCAUCUUCGUUUCGAAAGCGGGCGACGAGCUGGUGAAGGAGAUCAACGUGGAGUACCAAACGUUCUUCGUGCACCCGUACGGUAUGAUUUUGAACACGGCAAUAGGGAAGACUCAUUUAGAGGUGGCCGAGGAGUAUUACGACAAAGCGUUGGAGUGCCACCACUACUAUAACGGGCUGCAGGUGUGCCACAACCCGAAGUUUGACUAUGAAGGGUUCUCUCCCUACUACGUGUCCUACUUGGAAAACAACCAGCGAAAGGACAUUCUGUUCAAGAGCAAGGAAGAGGUAGCCAACAUGAUCAACAACGGGUACUUGACGGUGUCGAAGAGGUUCCAACUCGGCAUGGGAGGAGACGUCAUGACUGCAGAUGUGUAUAGAACCGUCCGCAUCAUCGUGGAGGAAGUGGCCUACUCAGUGGGCAUACCCAAUUUGGGAGAGAAAUCCUGCGGAACGCUCUACUUGAACCGGGGCCAACUGCACGUGCCCAACGAUGGGAAGUCGCUCAUCUCGAACAUCUUCUACGACACGAACUAUUGCCUCGACAGGGGGGCCAUCCUGAAGGAGAUACUGCACAUAUGUAAUUUUGAGAAGGAGGACUUGGUGAAGCUGUUCGACCACAUGGACAGCAACGUGCUGCCGUACCAGUUGAGCGAGCAGUUUGCCGAGUCGCUAACCCGGGAGGAGGUGCUCAGCCUGGUCUACUACUUUUUGUCCGUGCCGCCGCAGGUGAACGAGCUGGUAAGGAAGAACUCGAUUUAUUUGGAGAUCGCCGAGGGGGAGGUAACGCAGAAGGGAGGGUCGCCCGCAAACCACCCCGCAGUGGUUGUGGUCCCCUCCGUGUCCUACCUGCACUCGCUCCUCAUAAGCAAGAGCUUGCUGUCCCCGAAGAGACUCAACGAAGAGUCGAUCGUGCAGUUCAACGUGGCGCUGUACAUGGAGCUGCUCAAAAAUGUUCGCGAAUUGCGCGCGGAGGGUAAGCAAAAGGUGGACGAGGCGGACCUGCCAGCGGAAGUCGCGCGGGGAAGCGGCGCACACGACCAGGAGAAGAAGGUGGUCCUCGAAGUGAAGAGCUACCUGCAGAGCAGACACACGUGCAGCGCGAACGGCAGGAGCGACGGCGGCGCAGCCGUGUCGCUGACGCCCCCGCAGUUCUCGAACGCCGGGCCGCUGUUCAAGCCAGACGACGUCCUGACGUACAACGUCCCCAGCUUCACCUACACGGACCGAGCCAUCUACGUGAAGGAGCAGCCAGAAAUACACAGCUCAUUCAACAACGUGUUUCUCUAUGAGGGGAAGAGUGCCGCAUAUGGGAAGUUCCUCAGCGCAAUCGUGGUUCUUUCCCCCCACAGGUUUUUAUCCCUCCAGAACGUUGCCUAUGUAGGGCUCAUCGCCAACACCUUUGACGAUGUCAGUCAGUUUGUGCUGAAGUGCUACCCCCAUAGGAAGUACGACACGUCGAAGUUUGCCAGCAGGUUCAACCUCGAGCCGAACACAGUCUACCUGGUGUGUAGGAACAUGCCGGUGAAGUUCCUUCAAAAUGGACUGUACGAGUUUAACAAGUACGUGGUAGAGUACGACACGAAUGCGGACGGGACAGUCGGCACGCACAUCUAUGAGAGCAUGCCGAUAAGGCCAGUGUACGAAGUGUGUAAUGACCCCAAGGUGGUGGUUCCCAAGGCGGAAGACGUGAGCGUUAAGGUGAAACUUGUGCAGAGCAGCAGUACGUCUGCCACGAACGCGGCGUUAGUGGAGUACCAGAUAGAGGUGAUCGGGUUAGUCGAGCUGCAUGCAGACCCGUAUGUUGUGAUUAAGCCGAUCUUUACGCACAGCUCGUAUUUGUACAACACGGUUAUCUACACGACGGACGAUUUCGUGGCGUACAAGUACCCAAGGAAGCUCAAGUAUUGGGAGUUUCUGAGGAUCCCCUUCAGCAAGGGUCUGUUCAAGGACAAGGCGCUUACCUUGAGAACGGUGCAGUGCAAUACGGGGCGACGGCUGGGGGACGGCGCAAAGGCGCACUGCGUGUACUCGCUGGUGCUGGUCAAGUCGUGCACCUUGGUGAGGGUCGUCGUGCGGGACCUCUACGGCAACGAGUACGAGGUGAGCCUGGACGGCGAGGCGCAGCCGCAGCAGCAGGGGAGCCAGACGGGUGCUGUGUGCAAGCCGGGGGGGGAAGUAACCAAGCCGGGAGGGGAAGUAACCAAGCCGGUAGAGGAAGUAACCAAACCGGUAGAGGAAGUAACCAAACCGGUAGAGGAAGCAGCCAAGCCUGCCCUCGCCCCCGCCCCCGCGCAGGGCACCACCAAGUUGUGCACCUCGUUCCUGCUGAGCAUACAGAGCACACACCGCGGCGACGAUGGUGGCGCCACCUCCUCAGAGAAGUGCUUCUUCCUCGUGCACUCGUCGUGCAUCGUGAGGGAGGGUGUCAUCUCGCUGAGCGUAGCAGAGGACAGGGAGACCUACUCCACGGACGCGGAAGAGAAGCACCUCAUGAACAGGGACACGUUCGACGAGAUCUUCAGAAUGAUAUGCGAGCAGAUCAAGCUGCAAAAGGGAGACUACUCGGUAAAGAUUUCGAGCAGCGCGCAAAAGGGGGAGGUCACGACCGACAAGAAGACCUCUGUGCAGAGGGUGCACGAAGACGGAUCGUCCUACGGCCAGAGCGGCUUUUUCGACUUUUGGAAGAACGGGUUCAACGUGCACCUCUUCGGGAGCAAGGGGCAAGCGGUGGCAGCGCCGGGGAAUGAGGCCGAUAAGGUGGAGGCCCCCAAGGUGGAGAAGGUAGAGAAGGUAGAGAAGGAGCCCCCCAAGGUGGAGAAGGCAGAGGAGAAGCUCGCCCAGGUGCUGUACGACCGGAGAGUGGACCACCUCGUAAGCAUCAAGCGGACAGACGCGGCGUACGAGGACAAGUACACGCUGCUCACGGGGACGCUGAACUCCAGUGUAACAUCCGUGGUGGUGAAAGACGGCAAGCUGAGCGCAACGUGUCUAGAGGGAGACUGCGUUUUGGAGAACACUUUCCUCGAGGACAUGCUGAACGUGAGGAGUCUGAAGGACGGCACGUACGAACUGGACAUCAAAAAGAGGAUACAUUUGAGCAAGAGCGACGAGAGUGACGGGAGAGAGGCACCGUUGGAAGCGUCACCAUCAGAAGCGGCUUCUUUACCGUCUUCUUCGCCGUCUUCCCUGAGAGGGGGGAGCGCGCGCAGCGGAGGAACCCUCGCGUGCAUCGUGGAAAACUCCUUCAACACGCUAAGUGGGGGUAUUCCAUUCAGGAAGGUGGUCCACGUGCAAGGCGGAGAACUGAGCGCAAGAGAAGGGACGUACGACGUGUUCAUAACCAAGGGGAAGUACCAAGUAAAGAAGGGCGACAGCGAUGCGAGUGCGAAGGACUGCGCAGUGAUCGAGAAGUGCAUUAACAAAGCGUGGAAGGUAAAGGCGAACAGGGACUACAAGUUUGGAGUGCAGCUCACCACCAGUGUUGCCCCUAACGCGGCAAACGUGGCUCACGCUGCCAAUGCCGGCGGUGCGCGCUGCGCGCUGCUGGGCGACGGGGAGAAGGAGUACUACCUCGUGGUGAACAAGCUCGGGAAGAACGGCAUGCCGCUGUACGUGAAAAACAGAGUGGUGCAUUUCAUUGGAAAGAAGGGGCUAGUCGACGGCAAGUACAUUGUGCAGGUGGAUGGCGACAAGUACGUUUCGCAAGCGCUGAAUGUAACGAGUGACGGUGCAGAAACGACGGUUAGCACCACGCCUCUGGGGAAAGCGGCCGACCAGGAUGAGCAUUUCUUUCAAGACGUUUUUAAGAUGUUACACAAGAAGGUAGGCAACGGGUCCUACUACGUGGAGCUUUCCAACAGCGAAAUUGUGGACGUGAACGACGGGGUCGUUUUCACAGACCAGAUAGUGUUGACCGAGUUGGCCGAGUUGGACGAGUUGGCUGAGUUGGCGGCGGCUUCUCCUCAAGUGGAAGAAGUGCAGGACAAGGACAGCGCCGUUAAGGCCUACUUAGUGGAGGUAGUCAGCGACGAUGAAGACGACGAAGGGGUUGCUCUAUAUGAAGAACUGUAUAUCCUGCACGGGUACCCCUUAAAGGGCGGGCAAUUCCACAUAGCCUACAACGAUGGAGAGUGUACACUGAAAAGUAUAGUGAGUGGAAAUGAAGACGCACGCUCGAGCGACAUGGAAAAGGUGUUGAAGAUAUCCGGCAGGAAGAUGAGCAAUGGAGGUUACCUCAUAUACGUUGACGAGCUCUUCAUGGAUGAGCAGGGCGAAUAUUUUGACAACCCGUAUGCCCCCUUAUGGAAGAAGGGCCAGAGUGGAGAAAGACAGCAAAGCGGUCCCACCUCGCAAGGCACAAAUACGGGAGAGGUCCUCAUCGAUGACGCGUUUUGGAAGCACGUCCUGCAGAAUGUGGCCGUGGGGGAGUUCCACAAGGAGGGUAUGAUGAACCGUCCAACCACCGCUCAGCAGAGUGGACCAAAGGGAGAAGAGGCUCGCCCCUUUCACGCAUUCGUUCAUCUGGACAACGACGGACAAGGCAACAGCUGCAAGUUUAGAAAGGUCUUACAGGGAUGGGGCACUGGGUUGCAGAAAGGCAAGUACUACGUGCAAGUGCUGAAUGGGUCCUACUUCCCAACGAUUAUCUACGGACCGAAGGUGAAUGAUGCGUAUCUGAAGAUGCUCAUAGAGAAUGCGUGGGCGUAUCCGUACAGCACCAGGUUGGGUUUCUACGUUGACAUUCUCCCAGGAGGUUAUCAAGCGGGAGGAGAGCAGAUGGAGCACGCGCUACCCACAGGGGAGACCUACUACAGCGUCGCCAUUAAGCAGUUGAGUGGUGACCCUGACCACCACCAUGAUGAUGACAGGGGAGACGCCACAAGACAAGGCAAGCUUAACGGGGAGCUCAUCAAAAUUGCCGGGAGGGAAGUACCCACAGGAGAGUACUACAUAGAGGUGACUGAUGAGAAGGGCACCGCUACCGGGAUGGACGCGAGUGGAAAAAAAAUGGACGCGCCCUUCCUCAAAGAUGUUGCGCUGUUGCUGUAUGACAUGAUGAAGAGGGGCAGGUACCACGUGGUGAUCACCCGGGAUGGGGGAGUCACGAAGACUGAGCAGGGGCAGGCGGCGGGAUCUGCCGCUUCUGCCGCGAAGCCGUUGAACAAGACUCUCGCGGUGACGAGGCUGCACCUCGUGGACGGCUCCCAGAUCGUGCAAAAAGAGGGGACGAUCACCGUCGGGAUUAAGGUGCACCCGGAGAGGAACAUCCCGGACGGAAGCUACGGAAUGAACGUCUACACCAAUGGGAUGAUUCAAAUAAGGGGGAUGUACAUGGGCAGCUCGUUUGGCCCAUCGGAGGAGGCAGAACUGAAGAGGGUGUUGCCGUCCCCCCCACCAGCCGGGUUGGCUAGCGGCCUUUACCUGGUGCAGGUGCUGAGCGGCGAGGAGCGGGCGACGAGCAGCGUGGAUCGGGAGGCAGGGUUGAGGAGCAACUCGAGAGAGGGUAGAGACACAUCCUUGAGCGGUUCCCCUUCUUCAUCCGCUUCCACUCCUGCCGCUUCCCCCUCGUGCAUGAGCUCCCCCGCGGGGAGGAAGACCUCCAUGGUCAUAACGAACUGGGAUGGAAGCGCGGUGUACUACGACAACCAGCCACACGCCAUGGGGCGAAUCGCGCUGCCCCCCGUGGAGGGCGACCGGACGAUGACUCAGUACCAGCGAGGAAACUGCCAGGAGGACAUAAAGGUGACCCACUGCACGUCGUCCAACCCGGGCAACUGCAGGAAUGUGUUCAAGGCCCGACGGGCCGGCGAAUGA